AUGUCACUAUUCCUCUUCACAUUCAAUUGUGCUAAAGUACCACAAUCAAAAUUCCAAGAUUUAAACCCAAUUUUACCUUCAACUCCACCAAAUUUAUUAAUAUUUGGAUUCCAAGAAUUAGUACCAAUAUUAGAAUCAACAAUUCCACAUAAAGUUAAUGAAGAAUUAUUACGUAUAAAUGAUCAUAUUCAUAAUGUUCUUGUACAAAAAUAUGGUGAUAAUUUAAUACAUACUGUUGAAAUACAUCAUAUGGGUGGUAUUGGAAUGAUUUUAAUGAGUUUAAACCCAACAAGAAUUUUAAAUUUAAAGAAAGGUUUUACCUCAUGUGGGAUUUUAUAUUCAAGUUUAAAAGGUGGGAUUGGUUUAAGAUUUAAUUAUUUGGAUCAAGAAUACACAUUUGUUGUUGCACAUUUAAGUGCAAAUGAAGGACAAGUUGAAAGAAGAAAUCAAGAUUCUUGGAAAAUUUUAAAAAAUAUUGAAUUUAAUGAUGAUUGGAGUGUUUUAAAACCUGGGGUUCAUACUUAUUUUAUGGGUGAUUUAAAUUAUAGGAAAGCUAUAUAUGGUGAUGAAUUAUCAAAACAAAUUAAUGAUGGUGAAGCAUUUCCAGGGUUUAUUGAAGAAGAUUUAAAUUUUGAACCAACUUAUAAGUUUCAUAUUGGUAGUGAUGAUUAUAAUACUAAAAGAAUAAGUUCAUGGUGUGAUCGGAUCCUGUACUUGAAACAUGAAGAUGAAGAACAGGCUGAUAAACCAAUAUAUGAUUCAAUACCUUCGUUCAAGACUUCAGAUCAUAAACCUGUUUAUUUAAAUAUAUCAUUACCAAAAAUUUUACCAAAAGAUAUUAUUGAUUCAAGAGGUUAUUUAAUAAAUUCAGAUAUUUAUUUAAAAUCAACUUCAUUAAGUAAAUUGAAUAAUUUUUUAAUGAUUUUAGGAGAUUUAAUUAUUGGUUCAACUUUAACACUUGUUGGUACACCGUGGGGGUAUUUUGUAUUGAUAUGUUUAAUUUUGGCAUUUAUUUUUUGGUUGUUUUAA